CUCCAGAUCAUGCAGUAACGUGAACUGGUCACUUUUAAGACACAGUUCGGCUCCGGGGCACGAAACGCGCUGUGUCUCCUCCAGCGAAAGCCCCUUUGUACUUGUCCGCUCCAGCAGCAAGUUGUUAAAUCGCUGUCAUGCGCAGUCCACGUCUCCAGAGCCGCUCACUCCGCGCGCCCGAGGCCCACGGGAAGGUCACUGUGCUUAUCCAGCCUUUUCUCGGUCCGUAUUGCAAGGCUGCACCAUCCGCCACCAUGUCCGACCAGGGGACCUUCGACACCAACGUGGUCACCGUGACCCGUUUUGUGAUGGAGGAAGGCAGAAAGGCAAAAGGCACGGGAGAACUGACAACUCUUCUGAACUCUAUUUGCACAGCAGUUAAAGCCAUCUCAAGCGCCGUGCGUAAAGCUGGGAUCGCCCAUUUGUAUGGCAUUGCUGGGAACAUAAAUGUGACAGGUGAUCAGGUUAAGAAACUGGACAUUUUGUCCAAUGACCUUGUUAUUAACAUGAUCAAAUCGUCCUUCACCUCCUGUGUGCUGGUGUCUGAGGAGAAUGAGAAGGCAAUCAUUGUGGAACCAGACAGGAGGGGAAAAUACAUUGUGUGUUUUGAUCCUUUGGAUGGCUCCUCAAACAUCGACUGCCUUGUUUCCAUUGGCACAAUUUUUGCCAUUUACAAAAAGGUUACAGAUGAUGAACCAAGUGAGAAGGAUGCCCUACAGCCAGGGAGAGACCUUGUAGCAGCAGGUUAUGCACUUUACGGCAGUGCUACAAUGGUUGUACUCUCCACUGGCAAUGGUGUCAACUGCUUCAUGCUGGACCCAGCACUUGGAGAAUUUAUCCUGGUUGAUCGAGAUGUGAGGAUCAAGAAGAAGGGCAAAAUCUACAGCAUAAAUGAGGGCUAUGCAAUGCACUUUGAUCCUGCUGUCACAGAGUACCUGGAAAAGAAGAAGUUUCCUAAAGAUGGCAGCCAGCCUUAUGGGGCACGCUACAUUGGGUCUAUGGUGGCAGAUGUUCAUCGGACUCUCAUGUAUGGAGGAAUCUUUUUAUACCCUGGAAAUACUAAGAGCCCCGAGGGAAAGCUACGGCUGCUGUACGAGGGAAAUCCCAUGGCCUACAUCAUGGUGCAGGCGGGGGGCAUGGCCAGCACCGGCUUUGAGAACAUCCUGGACAUCCAGCCUGAGAGCAUCCACGAGCGCUCCCCAGUGGCCAUGGGCUCCACUGAAGAUGUGCUGGAGUUCAUCGCCAUCUGCAAGAAACAUGCCAAAAAGUGAUGAGUCAUGCAGUCCGGUCAAAACCUUUAUAUCCACAACUGUGACGUCUCAGGGACUCGGAGACCAAAUACCGAGAUUUCUGAAAUGCUUUAGCUCUAUUAUUAUAGUUUUUCUUUUAAACGGAUUGCAAAAGUAAUUGCAUAAGAUGUGAUGAUGGAAUGAACAUAAUGGAAUUAUGUGCAAUAUCCAUGCUUGUUACUCAUUCAAACAUGAGACAUGAUGAAUGAAUGUAAAACAUCAACUGCUUUAAAAAGUGACCAAAAAGUGCCAAAGAGAAAUAAGCUUGAAAAUAAGAAGUCAGUUUACCUCAUCUUGUGUCUUAAGAAUGAUCAAAAAUAUACAUUUGUGAAGGACCAAAUCUGUAUGCAAUCAUACAAUGUUUUAUAAUGUGAACUACAAGUGUUCAGAGUGAAGCC